UGCUCCAUUUAAGAGCAGAGCCUAGAAUUAGUCUAUACUGUGCAGCUUCAGUGGGAACUAUGCUGGCAUAACGGUGGAGAACCCAAUCCAAAAAUACAACAAUGAUUAAAGGCAUGGGACUUUUUUCAGUGGUGGCCAUCGUUUACCUCAUUGAUUCCUUACUAACUAAAGUCCAGGGAGAUGACCCAAAUAGCAAAGAUGAACCAGGUAUAUUAGAAGUGAAAUAUGCCAUCAUAGGAGUGGGGAUUGGAGUGUUUUUCUCUCUAUGUUUUGUUGCCAUAAAGUUCUACAUGCUUAAAAAGCACAUGCUCGACAAUGAACUAUCAGAUGCAGAUUCAGAUAAAAGACCCUCAUUUAUGAGUGGAACUCAGCUAAGGAAAGCAGCAAGUCAAGACUGUGCAAGGUCAAAAUAGAGACCAUCCCUCCCCUGCUGUGGACGUGACCUCCGAGACACCAGUAAAACAUGUGUGACCACAUAUGGACCUUCCUGGGACAGGGAUGUCUGGUAAUUUCUUCAGUCAUUAUAGGACGAUAAGCUUCCAGCUGACUGCGAGGACAAGUCCUGACAUGGUGGCCAUGUCCAAGCACGGAGAGCUGCUUCAGGCAUGAACGGUUUCUUUGCUAACGUCCAUCAUGACACAUCCAGACAAGAAAAGAUGAGGAGAAAUUCCAGGACAUUAAAAAAAGACUGAACUCAGCAGGAGGGCACUGAAAGCAUGAAUCCAGAACCAUGAGUCUCCCGAGUGCCUGCAAACCCAUUACGGUGUACACACUUAUGGACCUUCUGGAUGGUGCGACAGAUCAUCCAAAAUGAAGGAUGCAAAUAAAAUUCCCACCCAGUUUUUUCACAGUGGUGACAAAGUGUUUUUUAAAUUAUUAUUUUACACUUCUCAAAAUCUUUAAGCGCAUGGACACCGCAUCUGCGGUAGAGGAUGGCGAUGAGGGAAAUCAGAGAACGGUAUCAUCUCGGACGAAAGCCUUGCUGAGGUGGAAGACAGGGCCGUCUGAGCAGCUCGGUUUCAUGUUGCUUUUGUUUUGGUAGCUUUUAGCAUAGUGGUUAGAGCUGCUGCUUUUG